AUGGCGCUCCGCUCGCGCUCCUGUCAACUACUGCGAACGUGUAGCGAGGCGCUUGCGGCCGGCAGCGGCGCGCUGGCUGCGCCGCGAGGCGGCACAGCAGCUGUGGGUGCAGUGGCGCACUCCCGGAGCUGGUCGGGCGCGCGGACAAUCUUCGGCAGCUCGUCAUUCGGAAGCGACCCGAGCCGGCAGUACCAGCGCCCUGCUCCUGGCCACCUGGGGUUCGUGAUCGUCCCGGAGAAGCACGCGUACGUCGUGCAGCGCCUAGGGCGCCAUCACAAGGUCCUGACGCCUGGCCUGCACUUCCUCAUUCCCAUGGUUGACAAGGUGUUCGCCGUCCACGACAUGAGAGAGCUGGCGAUCCCUAUCGCGCAACAGGCGGCCAUCACGCGCGACAACGUCUCGAUCAGCAUAGACGGCGUGCUCUACGUCCGCAUCGACGACCCGUUCAAGGCCAGCUACGGCGUCAACAACGCCCUCUUCGCAGUGAGCCAGCUCGCGCAGACCACCAUGCGCUCCGAGCUCGGCAAGAUGGAGCUGGACAAGACGUUCGAGGAGCGCGAGCUGCUCAACAGCCGCAUCGUCGACUCCAUCAACGAGGCGACGGCGGCGUGGGGGCUCGAGUGCCUGCGUUACGAGAUUCGAGACAUCUCGCCCCCGCCGAACGUCCAGGCUGCGAUGGAGCUCCAGGCCGAGGCCGAGCGCCGGCGCCGCGCCAAGGUUCUGGAGUCUGAGGGCGAAAAGCUGUCUCUGAUCAACCGCGCGGAGGGCCACAAGCAGGACACGAUAUUGUCGUCGGAGGCCGCGCUGCAGGAGGCGAAGAACCGGGCGAUGGGCGAGGCGGAGUACAUCCGGCGGUGCGCGGAGGCGACGGCGGAGGCGGUGACCAAGGUGGGUGCGGCGAUGUCGGGGGCCAACGGGCGGCACGCGGCGUCGCUGCGGGUGGCGGAGCAGUACGUGGAGGCGUUCGGUCGGCUGGCGCGGGAGACGAACACGGUCGUGGUGCCCGCGAACGCCGGGGACGUGGGGUCGAUGGUGGCGCAGGCGAUGGGGGUGUUCAAGGGCAUGCAGGGGGGGGGGGUGCAGGGGGCGGGGGCGGGGGCGGACGUGGGUCCGACGGAGGGCCGGAAGGGUGCCACCGACGACCGGCCCAUUCUCAGUAGGAGUAAAGAUGAGUGA